AUGCUAACAAAGUUUGACUGGGUCCAAAUAGCAUUCCACAGCCCUUGUCAGCUGAUUCUGGAUUGGUCCAGAUUACCAGUGAGCACGCGGCUGUCGGUACGACAUGCUCCUCACCCAUCACAUGUGAGAGACGUGAUUCGAGAACUUCGGACCCAAAUCAAGGAGUCGAGCGAGAAGGCCCACCGCGGGCACGAGGAAUUUCGGAAGGAAUCGCGACAAGAGCUUCAGAACACUAAGAAAGAGCUUCAGGACACAAAGGGAGAGCUCAGGAAUAUUCGACAACAGCUCGAAGCCCUGAGCACCGCGACAGCCUCGAACCAGAGCAGUCCUCGGGCCUCCUUCGCGGAAGUCGCCCGCACACCGCCAACGAGUCAGCCAACGAACCUGCGUACCCUGUCGAUGCAAACGACACCAUCCUCGUUGAGAGAUACUUUCUACUGCACGAUCGAUACGACACGAGUUGAAGAAGUGAACAAAAACAUAGUACAAGUAGGGCAAAUCCGGCAGGCCAUCGAAAGCGAGAUGAGGGCAAAGGAAGGCCAUGAUGCCUGGAGAUGCGCAGCAGUGGUGAAGGAGUCCCGGAACGCCGAGCAUGUCAAGAUCAUCUGCCGAGACGAAGCCGAACUACAGCGUGUAAAGGAAGCGGCGCAAAAGACUGCAGUUGUUGGGGUGCGAGUCAUGAGGGAUCAGCUCUACCCGGUCAAGGUUGGCAACGCCAACCGCACGGCUGUGUUGGACGGAGAGGGCAACAUUCUACUGGGCGCGGCCGAAGCACUCGGUGUCGAGAAUAACUGUACCAUUGCCAAGAUUUCUUGGUUGAGUAACAGGGAGACAGGCAAAGCGUACGGGUCGAUGGUGGUCUAUGUGACGAAAGGAAGCGAUGCAAAAAGGCUCCUGGACGCCCAUUAUUUUGACCUUGCAGGAGAAUCUGCAAUCACAAAUGUCUUUGAGCCACAUACAGGACCGAUCCAGUGUUUUAACUGCCAAGAGACCGGCCAUAAAGCGUACUCGUGCAAGAAACCACAGCUGUGUGGAAGGCGCGCGGAUGUGGUGCUGACGGGAGACUUCAACCGCCACGACCUACUCUGGGGCGGAGACGAGGUGUCGGCGAGAAGGCAGGGCGAAGGCGAGCCCAUCGUCGAUCUGAUGAACGAGCACGGACUCUGCAGCCUUUUACCGAGGGGUACGAAGACGUGGCAAGGCCAGGACAGGGGGAGCACUAUCGACUUGAUGCUCACAACACCAGAACUGGCGGACGAGAAGGUGGCGUGCGACAUUCAUCCGACCGAACAUGGAUCAGACCACAGAGCGAUUCAGACAACAUUCGGCGUCGAAAUGCCCGAUCGAAAUGUCACGCAACGACUGCUGUUCAAAAAUGCCCCUUGGAUCCUGAUCGGGGCCAGGGUGGAGGAUAAGUCCGGUCGCUCCCUUGGACGGUCGAUAGCACAACCGCCACCAUAUGCGAAACGUUGGUGGACCAAGGACUUGACGCGACUUCGGCGGACGUAUACGUACUGGCGAAACCAGGCGAGGGCGCAGAGGCGAGCUGGCCUAGCCCGGCCAGACUUGGAACGACGAGCCAAAGACGCUGCUAAAGAAUACCACGAUGCCAUACGGGGCCAAAGGAAAGCACAUUGGGAGGAUUUCGUCGCCGAAGAUGUCAACAUCUGGUCGGCGGCCAAAUAUCUCCAGCCCGGCAAGGACAUCAUGGAUGACAAAGUGCCGCCUUUGAAGAAGGGAGAUGGAUCUACGACCGGGGGCAGGGCAGAGCAAGCCGAGGAGCUGUUGGGCACGUUCUUUCCGCCCCUGCCAGCAAGUAUUGACACCGAAGGGGAACGUCCACAGCGGGCCGCGGUGCCCAUGCCAGACUUGACACUGGAAGAGAUUGAAGAAAAAGUGAUGGCGCCGAAGCCGUGGAAAGCACCUGGAGAUGAUGGCCUCCCGGCGAUGGUGUGGAAGCGGCUCUGGUACGUGGUGAAAUUCCGGGUGUGGACUCUCUUUGACUCGUCGCUCCGAGACGGCGUGGUGCCUCACCAAUGGCGAACCGCGAAGAUCAUCCCGUUGAAGAAACCGGACAAAGGGGAUUACGCACUGGCGAAGGCGUGGCGACCGAUAUCUCUACUGUCGACCCUUGGGAAGAUCUUGGAAGCGGUCGUCGCAGAGCGCAUCUCCUACGCAGUGGAGGCCCAUGGGCUCCUGCCUGCAAAUCACUUCGGGGCGAGAAAGCGACGGUCAGCCGACCAGGCCCUCAUGCUUCUGCAAGAACAGGUUUAUAAGGCAUGGCGAACUGGCAAGUUGCUUAGCCUGAUCAGCUUCGACGUGAAAGGCGCGUACAACGGGUCUGAUGACUUGGACGGCCUCGUUCUGCUCCGGGAGAACGGCCUCGGUGGUGGUGAAUGGGCACACGUCCGAGCAACGAGAAUUGCCCCAGGCGGGCCUGCCGCAGGGAUCGCCGUCGUCACAAUGGCGUUUCUGUUCUUCAACGCACAUCUUGUGCAGAGAAGGGUCAAUGCAAAGGGCGGCUCGAUAGCUUUUGUCGACGAUUACUCGGCAUGGGUGAUAGGGCCAACAGCAGAGGCAAACCGGGCAGGCAUAGAGUCAAUCACUGACGAUGCGCUCGAUUGGGAGAGACGCAGCGGCGCGACGUUUGAAGCGGACAAAACGACUGUCAUACACUUCACACUAGUUGCGGAGCGCAACAGUGACACGCCGUUUAUGAUCAAAGGACAAGAGGUCAAACCUAAGAGCAGCGCAAAAGUCCUAGUGAUCAUGGACACAAAACUUCGGUACAAGGAGCACAUGGCCAGAGCCGCCGCCAAGGGACUCACGGCCGCGAUGUGUCUGCGAAGACUCAAGAUGCUCUCUCCGCGGAUGGCGAGACAGCUGUUCGUGGCGACGGUUCCACCGACCAUGGACUAUGCUUCCAAUGUGUGGAUGCAUUCGUGCGGCGUGAGAGAAGCGGCAUGGAUCGACAAAGCUCAGAAGGUCGGAGCACAGGCAGUCACCGGAGCCUUCCGCACUGUUGCGACGGCAGUGGCUGAGGCUGCGGCCGGUGUCCGCCUACGGACGCUCCCGAAAGCGCACCCUCUGGCAGCUUUGAAGGUCAAGGCGGGCAAACGAUUCGUAUCACCAAUGCAGAAGAUUGCCUUGGCACUGAGCGACCGCAUCCAGGUGGUGGGCGAGCCUGAUCAAGUGGAAAUGGGCAAGCCGAACGAUGUGGAGGGCAUCGUCAUCGCUACCUCCAGCUCAUUGAGAAACGGCGCGGUCGGAAUGGGAGGCGUCGUUCGCGACACUACCCUCAACAGCGCAGGAGAGGUGCUGGCCAGCCAUUCGGUCACCCUUGGAUUCAGAGACGAGCAAAACCCAUGCACAGCGGAGCUUGCCGCGAUAGUGAUGGCGCUGAAGUGCAUGCCGGCAGGCUUGCAUCGCCGAGAUUUGACAAUCAUCACGAGCAACCGCUCGGCUUUGCAGGUCAUACGGAGGCCACGGCAGCAAUCCGGCCAGUGCACAGUUCGACAGAUAUACGACCGCAUCGAGCAUCUCCGGAGUAGAAGGUGCGGCGUCACGUUCUUGUGGGUUCCAGCAAGUGACGAGGACUUCGAGCUAGACCCGAUGGCCAAGGCAGCGGCGCAGAGAGCCACGAGGCACGAGUGCGUGGCGGAGAAAGCGCCGUACCAGGCAAGAUCUACAACUCUUCGACUGGCGCUCGCUCAGGAACGGCAGCUUGGGCAAAUCCCGCAAAGGGUGGGAAAGUACUCCAAGCGCAUUGACAAGGCAUUACCGGGCAAACACACCCGAAUGUUGUACGACUCACUCAAGAGAAAGGAGGCGAAUGUGUUAGCGCAGCUCCGUACCGGCAUGACGCGAUUGAACAGUUACCUUCACAAGAUAGGAGUGGUGGAAUCGGAUGCGUGUGGCUGUGGACAAGCAGCAGAGAGUGUAGAGCAUUUUCUUUUCCGAUGUAAGAAGUGGACGACACAGCGGGAAGUCAUGGUUCAGUACUCACGAACAAAUAUGGGCAACUUGUCCUUCUUUCUGGGAGGCAAAACGGCGUCGGACGACGAUAAGUGGAAACUAGACAUGCAGGCCGUAAGUGCGACAGUUCGAUUUGCGAUGGCAACCAAACGGCUGGACGUGGAUCAGCGGGCAGAAACAGACUAA